AUGAUCCUGGACAAUCAGGAGUUUUUGAGUUCUGCAGCAGAUCACGUGUGUCAGUUUGUGAAAGGAAUUGUGGGUAAAAACCCUUUACUCCUGAAAGAACUGAAUCUGAAUGAUCGUCAACUACAAGACACAACUGUGAAGAAGCUUUCUGUCCUGCUGCAGGACAAACACUGUAAAAUCAGUACACUGACUCUGAAUAUUUCCAAUAUCACAGAAGAAGAUUGUGCUGCUUUGACUUCAGCAUUUAUUUUAAACCCUUCAAACCUAAAAGAGCUGAAUCUGAGUGGAAAUAAACUGGGAAACUCAGGAAUAUCUAAGAUCUGCCCGCUGUUGGAAAAUAAACAAUGUGGAUUGGAGAAACUGAGAUUAUCAGACUGCAGUAUCAGUGAAGAAGGUUAUAAAGCUCUGGCUUCAGCUCUGAAAUCAAACCCUUCACACCUGAUAGAGCUGGAUCUCAGAGGAAAUGAUCCUGGACAAUCAGGAGUAAAGGAGCUCACUGAGUUACUACAGGAUCCUCUGUGUAAAGCAAAACUGAGGUUUUUGAGUUCUGCAGCAGAUGACGUGUGUCAGUUUGUGAAAGGAAUUGUGGGUAAAAACCCUUUACUCUUGAAAAAACUGAAUCUGAAUGAUCGUCAACUACAAGACACAACUGUGAAGAAGCUUUCUGUCCUGCUGCAGGACAAACACUGUAAAAUCAGUACACUGACUCUGAAUAUUUCCAAUAUCACAGAAGAAGAUUGUGCUGUUUUGACUUCAGCAUUUAUUUUAAACCCUUCAAACCUAAAAGAGCUGAAUCUGAGUGAAAAUAAACUGGGAAACUCAGGAAUAUCUAAGAUCUGCCCGCUGUUGGAAAAUAAACAAUGUGGAUUGGAGAAACUGAGGUUUUUGAGUUCUGCAGCAGAUCACGUGUGUCAGUUUGUGAAAGGAAUUGUGGGUAAAAACCCUUUACUCCUGAAAGAACUGAAUCUGAAUGAUCGUCAACUACAAGACACAACUGUGAAGAAGCUUUCUGUCCUGCUGCAGGACAAACACUGUAAAAUCAGUACACUGACUCUGAAUAUUUCCAAUAUCACAGAAGAAGAUUGUGCUGCUUUGACUUCAGCAUUUAUUUUAAACCCUUCAAACCUAAAAGAGCUGAAUCUGAGUGGAAAUAAACUGGGAAACUCAGGAAUAUCUAAGAUCUGCCCGCUGUUGGAAAAUAAACAAUGUGGAUUGGAGAAACUGAGUUUGUCAGACUGCAGUAUCAGUGAAGAAGGUUAUAAAGCUCUGGCUUCAGCUCUGAAAUCAAACCCUUCACACCUGAUAGAGCUGGAUCUCAGAGGAAAUGAUCCUGGACAAUCAGGAGUGAAGGAGCUCACUGAUUUAUCACAGUACAGAUGUAAAACACUGACCAUCAGGUUUUUGAGCGGUUCUGGUGCAGAAGAAGCAUGUGCUCAUCUCACUAAAGUUGUGGGGAUAAGUCCAUUAUUACUGACAGAACUGGAUCUGAAUGAAGAUAAGUUAAAAGAUCUGGAUGGAGAGAAACUCUCUGCUCUUCUGAUGGACUCUCAUAGCAAAGUGGAGAAAAUGAAGCUGAAUAAUUGUGAGCUGACAGAGAAAAGCUGUCCAGUUCUAGCUGCUGUUCUCUCCUCUAAAACCAACUUGAAAGAGCUGAACCUGAACAACAGUCGUCUGCUGGACUCAGGAGUCAGAGUGAUCUGUGAGGGACUAAAGAAUCCUGUGUGUGAGCUGAAGAUACUCAAUCUUUCAGACUGCAGUAUCAGUGAAGAAGGUUAUAAAGCUCUGGCUUCAGCUCUGGGAUCAAACCCAUCACACCUGAUAGAGCUGGAUCUCAGAGGAAAUGAUCCUGGACAAUCAGGAGUGCAGGAGCUCACUGAUGUUAAGCUGAAUAACCUAACACUGAAGUUCUUGAGUCCUGCUGUAGAUGAAGUCUGUCAGUUUGUGAAAGGAAUUGUGGGUAAAAACAUAUUACUCCUAAAAGAUCUGAAUCUGAGCGGACACAAACUAGACUUCAAAAAAGUCAGUCAGCUUGCUGCCGUAGUGCUUGAUAAACACUGUAAACUGAACACAAUUCACUUUCUAAGCAGUUCUGAUGCAGUAGAAGCAAAUGAGUACCUUACAGAUGCUUUGGGCACAAAUCCACUACUACUGACAGAACUGGAUCUGAGCAAAGUGAAACUUAAAGACCACAACUGGGAGAAACUUUCUGCAUUUUUGCUGGACUCUUGCUGCAUAGUGGAGAAAAUAAUGUUAAAUAAAUGUGAGGUGACAAAGAAAAUGUGUUCAGUUCUAGCUACUGUUCUCUCCAAAAAUAAACUCCUGAAAGAGAUGGACCUGAAUAGCAGCCCUCUGCUGGAUUCAGGUGUCAAAAAGAUCUGCGAGGGACUGAAGAAAUCUUCGCUUAAAAUACUGAAUCUUUCAGACUGCAGUAUCAGUGAAGAAGGUUAUAAAGCUCUGGCUUCAGCUCUAAGAUCAAACCCUUCACACCUGAUAGAGCUGGAUCUCAGAGGAAAUGAUCCUGGACAAUCAGGAGUGAAGGAGCUUGUUGAAAUGCAACAGCGCUCUUCACUGAAGACAUUAAGGUUUUUUCAAGGUCCUGCUGAAGAAACUUAUCAGUAUUUGAUUCGUGUCUUCAAACAAAAUCCAUUAAUCUCAAAGGAGCUGAAUCUGAAUGAAACCAAACUAGACCUAGAAAAAGUGAAUCAGCUUGCUGUUCUACUGCAGGAUAAACACUUUAGAAUCAACACACUUCAGCUCAGUAAAUGUGAUCUAACAGAGGAAAGCUGUUCAGUUCUUGCUUCAGUUCUCAGUUCAGACUCCAGCAGUCUGAAGGAACUUGACCUGAGCAAUAAUAAUCUGCAGGAUUCAGGAGUGAAGCAGCUCUGGAAUGGAUUAAAAAAUAACAACUGCACACUGGAGAAACUUAAUCUUUCAGACUGCAGUAUCAGUGAAGAAGGUUAUAAAGCUCUGGCUUCAGCUCUGAGAUCAAACCUUUCACAUCUGAUAGAGCUGGAUCUCAGAGGAAAUGAUCCUGGACAAUCAGGAGUGAAGGAGCUCACUGACUUACUGGAGGAUCGAUACACUAAAUUGAAGACUCUCAGGUUUUUAAGUCCUGAUGCAGAAAAGGCUUGUAAGUAUGUGCCUGGACUUGUUGGUAAAGAUCCAUUUCUUGUGAGAGAGCUAAAUCUGCGUGAUCAAAAACUCGGAGACACAAACAUCAAAUAUCUUGCUGCUCUGCUGCAGGAUAAACACUGUAAACUCAACACAAUUCAGCUGCUUAAAUGCAGUAUUACAGAGGAACAGUGUGUGAUCCUGACUUCAGCUCUGAAAUCAAACCCAUCACACCUGAGAGAACUGGACCUCAGUGAGAAUCAAAUUAAAAACAGAGCAGUGAAUCUCUUAUGUGACGUACUGAAAGAUUCACACUGUAAACUGGAGACACUGAGUCUGCAUGACUGUGGCAUCACAGAUGUUUCUUCUUUAGCUCAGUGUUUGACAGACACAAAAGCUCUGCAGUUUCUAAAAGAGCUUGAUCUGAGCAACAAUAAUCUUGAAGACUCAGAGAAGAAGCUGAUUGAUGCGAUGCAAGACUCAACGUGCAAUCUGAAACUAAAAAGUGAAGAGACUGCAAAGAGCACUGGUGGAUGGUUGAGAUGGUUUAAAUCUUAGAAAUCUGUUG